CCAUUUCAUUACUCCACCCACUUUCCCAUGCUCAAAAAUGGGGUCUCAGUUGCCAGUCUCUGUCCAGCUAUAGGUCUAAUAGUAGCUAUUCCACGCAAGCUUGGGUGCCUCAUGGUUUGUCUUGUUACAUUGUACUAUUGACACGACCAGCAUUUAUUACUCUGAUGGCGACUGAUAGGAUCAAACAAGAGACAAAGAGAGUUUAUAGUUCCCUAGAGCUGAGGGGAUUGUGUGAUAAAGACUCGGAAUGGGUCAAUGUACUCUGGGACUCUAAUCUUUGCCAGAUUGAGGAUAGUCUACAAGGGAAUGGGGAGCUGGUACAGUUAUUAGAGAGACUAUUGCAGUCUCCAUUGCAACUGAAGGAAGUUGUAUCAGUUACUAAAGACUGGAUAUGUAAUGAUGCUUCUCAUUGCUCUGUCUUUAAUGAUGAGUGUGAAGAUGAUGAUACGACUAUAGUUAGGAGUAUCACUGGUUUUUGGACCCUAUUGUAUGAUAUUGGAAUUAACUAUCAAUCAUUGCUUGCUCUCAUUGUUUCUCUUUUGGAGAAAGAUAAAUCAUCUAUGAUUGAAAGACUCACUUCUGUUUAUUGUGCUCAGUUGUACUUCACAUUAUUACAGAUACCAGGUUCUGUUGCUUAUAAAGUAUUUCAUCCAAUCUUGUUCCAAAAGUCUCUUGAAGUCCUCAAGCUACUUCAACAUAAAACUAUUCAUGGAGGCUCAAUUGGUGGCAUUGGUUCUAAGAGGAGGAGGAGCACUAGUAGCAGGAAGCCAAGUGUUAGUAGUAGAGGGAGUAAGAGGAGCAGGAGCAUAAGGAGUGUGUCCACUCAGUCGAUGGAUGAUGAUGAUGAUGACAAUGAUCAGACUCCUCCUGAUAGCUAUGAUCAUCUGAUUGAAUUAAGGAGCAGUUUGAGACAACUUCUGGUGGAUUUAAGUUCUCUUCUUCAUAAUUUUUCCCUCAAGGAUCAUGAUCCUACAAGAGAGCUACUGAUAACUUCAUUAUUGUCAUUAUCACUGCAUGUGGUGGACAUGUCUCACAAAGGAAUGGAACUAAAUUUGGUUGAUCCUGUCCUUAGUCCCACCCAUUGCUUGGUAUGGUUGUGUCUCAGUGCUCUCUGUUCUUCAUCCCAAGGGUCUAUUGAUGGUCUACUGAUGGAAGUGUUUAAGCACCUCAUUCCUCCAGUCUCUAUGGUUAUUGAUGAAGGAGGAGCCUGUCCUACUCCAAUUCCUGUUCCUUUGAUUGUUCGUAGUCAGCAUGCUGUCAUGUUUAUAAGUCAUAUAGUUAAGAGGUGUGGCCCUGACUCUAUCUUUCCUCUUAAGAAGUUAUUACAGCAUGUUUGUGUGGGGGCUCCUGAUAAAGCUGAGUACCGUGGGAAGCUUGUGGGUGUGGUCUACGCACUAAUGAAUCUAUUGGAUACUGAGACCUAUGUUAGCUUUGUUCAAUGGUUGUACAAACUAUCUAAAAACAUCAAAGUUGCUUAUAGAGUGUUAGCAUUGGAUAUAUCUUGUGAAUUAUUAAUGAAGCCACUUCCAUCUCCUCUCCCUUUCAUACCCUGUGAAUCGUCAGGUCAAGAAGAUCAAGUGCCUUCCAUUGGUUUGUAUCAGUUUAUCAUUAAAAUGAUAAUACCAAGAUGCUCUGAUCGCUCUCCAAAUGUUCGUGCAAAGGCUCUGUCAUGUCUAACAGUGGCUAGUGGUUGUCAUGACAACAAGGAACUGCUCGCUGUUGUAAAAGGUGCAGUUUUUGGUUCCAGCUCCAACCCUUCACUAGAGGAAGGGGCUCAGGAUGGAGUUGUUGUGAUGUCAAUGAUUAAAAGGCGUUGCUCUGAUGAUAAGGUCGCAGUGAGGAAAGCAGCUGUACAGACUAUAACUAACCUUGCCAAACUGAGGGAAUCAGGAAUACAAGAACAGGAUGUGUUGGUGGUUCAUGAGAGAUGCAUGGAUCUAUCAUUAUCAGUGAGGAAACAGUCCAUUGUAUCACUAACCUGUCUAGCACUUAUGAAUAAAGACACUCAAUAUAAGAGAUUGCACUGUCUGUGGUUGGAUGGUAUUGUCCCAAUGGUGCUAGAUAGGGAAGCAAGUGUCAAAGAGAAGUGUUUGGAAAUAUUAGAAACAGUUGUAUUGAAUGAGUUAUCUAAAGGAGACAGUGACUUUGUAUGGAGACUGCUUAGCUUAUUAACUGAUGAAGAGGAGGACCGACACGAUCUCAGGAGGUGUCUUCACUUCAUAAUUGAGAACUGGUGCGUUACUAAUAAACUAAACCCUCAAACGUUAGAAGAGAUACAGAAACAAUCAGAGAAUGACCCAUACAAACAAAUUUCUUGGAUUUUAUUGUCUGAAGUGUCUGCCUUCAGUUCAUCAAUAGGAACUGACUUCCUCCUGAGCAGUUGGAAUAAAUACAGCAGCCUUGCAAUGGCUACCGGGCACACCCAUCUCUUUGUGUCACUCUUAAAAAUGUUAGGCCACUCGGCUAGAAGACAGGAGCUAGGACAUGCUUUUAUGAAAGACCUCAGCACUCAUUGUUUGUCGUUAUUAUCAUCAUUCAAGUGUCCAUUUCUUGUCAUAUCCACAAUCAUUAACACACUAACAAUGAUUGCACUAUCAACCUCUGGAAAUAAUCCCAACACUUAUAAGGAUCAACUCGUUGAAUGGUUAUAUCCUAUACUGCACUCAUGUGAGGAGUAUGUUAAGAGUGUAUUGAGUCCACAGGAUGGGGCCAUGUCAUGUGACCCUGAGCAGGAGUCAUGUGACACCACCACUUGUAUUAAUGAGGAGGAGCUCAAACCUUAUCUCUUUACACUAGGGGAGCUCGGACAAUUAGUGCCUCAUAAGUUAUCCAGUUCAACAGGUUCACUAAUCCAGUCUUUACUUGUCUCUAACAUGGAGAGUCCUUCUCCUCCACAAUUAUCGCACUCGUUCCUCUCUCACCUCUCACACCUCACACCCUCACUACAAGCACACGCUUACAUCACUCUUGGUAAAUUGUGUUUGAAUGAUGAAGAGUUAUCAAAGACUAGUUUAUUGCUGAUGGCUAAUGAUUUGGAGCACUCAGCCCAUGACUCAGUGAGGAGCAAUAUAAUAUUAGUCAUGAGUGAUCUGGCCAUCAGAUAUUCAGCUAAGGUUGAUCCUUAUAUUUCCUGUAUGACAGUAUGUCUUAGAGACCAGUCACUUAUUGUUAGGAAGCAGACACUCACUUUACUUAUCCAUCUACUGCAAGAGAAUUACAUUAAGCUAAAAGGAUUAGUGUAUUAUCAUUUCCUGUACACACUAACAGACAAUGAUCUAAAGUCUUUGACUGUGUAUUCACUAGUCUACAUUAUACAUGCUAGGAUGCCCAACAUAUUUUACAAUAACUUCAUCGAGACGAUAUUUCACUUUAACAACUACACCAAACAUGAAGUUUAUAAUCAGUUGAAUCAGUCAGAGAGAGAAAAAGAGUCAUUUUCAUUAUCUGGAACUGAAAAAUAUAAUCUAAGAAGUGAAAUAUAUCAUUUCCUGUUAUCGUACAUGUCAGAUGAACAGAAGUUCCAUUUAACAGCUAAACUAUGUCAAGAGAUAUUAGGAGGUGUUGUUGAGCAUAAGAUACCAAUUGAUAGUGACAGUAGUGGUGUCAUCAAAGAUACACUAGCAAUACUGGCCAGUCAAAAAAUAAAACAUUCCAGUUUGUCUCACUCAUCCCUUGAUGAGGCUCAAGAUGAGAGGGAGCUCCUUGAGGUUGCAGCAGUAGCUGCUCAAACUAAAAUCAUCUCACAAAUAGUGAAGAGGAACAUGAUUGAGAACGUCAUUCCAAUCAUCAUAGCAACCAAACGACUGUUUGAACAAAUACAGUCUCCAUUACAGCAAGAUCUUCUUUACUGCCUCAGGGAAAUAAUGAAAGAUUAUAAAAAUGAAAUAAAAGAUGUGUUAUCUGGUGAUGCUCAGUUAGCUUCAGAGAUUGAGUUUGAUUUGAGACGAUUUGAUGAAGAAAUGAAAAGGAAACAGCAACAGGCAAACACAGUAGCCACUCCAUUAGGACAACUGGCGUCUCCAUUAUUGAGUUCAUCAGCUCACCCUCUCAUUACUCCUCUCAGUAAACACAAAGGAAUAACUGGAAGAGAAUCAACUGAUAGACUCUUGAGAUCACCUCAGCUAAAGAGAACUCCAAGAAGAGACCCUGUUAGGAAUAUAGAGCCAAUGUCACAGAGGAGGCCAUUAAACACUGGAGGUAUUGCAGCAACACCUGCUACUGCUAGGCCUCUUAACUCAACAUUACUCGUUUCACAAAAAGCUCCUCCUCCUGCUCCUCCCACAAUACAGAUAACCACACCCAUUGCCCCACCUAUUGAUCCUCCUAUAACCACACCUACUGUAUUAACUAAUACUCUACUAAAGACUCCAAAGAAGAAUCUUGCUAAGAUGACCCUCUCAGCGAAGAAACAAAGUCAUGGUUAUCAGGAUAUGUCAGCUAUUGAUGCUACAUGUACUACUGAUAUUGCUACUAAUGAAAGGAUUGCUAGCACACCUCAUGAUUUGAGUGAUUGUGUAUCAUUCAAUGCAGCAGUUCUCCCCUCACCAAUACCAGCAAACACUAACAUUAGAUCUUAUGUGAGGACUGAAGUACCAGCAAGCAACCGUUGUACAGCUGAUAUUAUCAUUAGACCACCUGAAGAAGGGCCAGAACAAUUAGCUCCAUGGAACAUUACUUAAUUAUGUUAAUCACUUAUUGUUAUUUCCAUUUAUUUUAAGGUUUGUAUAAUAUGUUGCAACACUUUUUGUUAAAAACAUCAGCAGCAAAGAGAUGAUUCAGCUCAAAUAUACAUAAGGCAAGAAAUGGCUGCAGUCAGGUCCUAACAGGUUAAGCAGAAUAUAUUUAAUUUUACUGCUAAAAAAAUCUAUUUUGUUGUUUACUUGUUUGUGUAUGCUAUACUCUACUCUGAAGUCUGUCUUAUUAUUGUUUGUGAAUUACUCAUAGACUCCUGUAUACAUUACAAUAAUGAGAUAGUGCACAUUGUCAUAUUUGUAAAGCAGUACUGAGACACUAUUUCAAAGAAAUUUUUUUAAUAAUCAA